UAGAUACCGCGAGAGUCACCAGAAGUUGGGGUUUCGGUGCUUUUGUGGGGCGGUAUAUAAAAAGCGAAAGUAUUAUCUCAUCUUCACUUGAGUUCGAUUCUUCGUUCUAGGAGCAACACACCAUCGUCUACGAACUAGCAAUGCGAGCCUUCGUGCUAUUCUCCGCCUGUUUGGCGAUCGCGUCCGCCGACAUUGGGCUGAAGCUGCGUCAGGCGGCCGCUGCCGGUGGUGCCGGAGUGUCCAGCUACGACGUUGGCCAGGGAUCGGUCCAGACGGACUACUCGCAGUCGAGCUAUGAUCAGCAGGUGGUUGGUGGUGGUGCCAACUUCCGGUCGCUGAGCGCUGGUGGAUUCAGCGGAGCUGUUUCGUCGGGAGCUGCCGCAGCUGGUGGAGCCGAGUACGAUGCUGGAUACCAGGCUGGUCUGGCCGCUGGACGUGUUGCUUCGGCUAGUUCCGGAGCAGCUACCCGAUUCGGUGGAGCUUCCGCUGGUGCUUUUGGUGGAGCUUCGGCUGGUGCUUUCGGUGGAGCUUCCGCUGGCGCAUUCGGUGGAGCCUCCGCUGGUGGAUUUGGAGGUGCUUCCGCUGGAGCCAGCGCCAAGGCGUCUGCCGGUGUCAAGUACUUUGUCAAGCCCGAGAUCGUGAAGAAGCACUUCUACUACCACGUUGCUCCGGAAGCCGAGGCCGAGGCCGAUGCUGAGGCUCGCGUCGAGAUCCAGCCCCAGACCCACUACAAGGUCCUGUUCAUCAAGGCCCCGUCCGCUUCGGCCGCUGCCGCUGCCCGUGCCGCCGCUCGUACCCGCACCCAGGAGAAGACCAUCGUCUACGUUCUGGUCAAGAACCCCGAAGCCGAGGCCAAGGGCGCUGCCGAUGCCGCCGUCGAUACCUACGCCAGUGCCAAGCCCGAGGUCUACUUCAUCAAGUACAACGGAGCCAACGCUGGUGCCAAGGCCGGAGCUUCUGCUGAUGCUUCCGCCGGAGCUUUCGGAGGAGCUAACGCUGGAUCGUUCGCCGAUGCCGGAGCUUCCGCCGGAACCUACACCGACUCUGCAUCGUUCGCCGGUUCGUCCGCCUUCGGAGCCGCCGCCGGCGGCACCUCGUUCGACGCCACGCCCACCUUCCUGUCGGGAGCAUCUGCCGGAGCGUCUGCGUCGGCCGAUUCGUUCACCGGAGUGCGCACCGGAGCCGUUGAUGCCGUGUCGGCUGGCGACGCUGGCUACACCGCUGGAUACACCGCCGGAGCUGCCGCCGCUGGAGCCGCUUCCGCUUCCGGAGCGGAAGGUGCCUUUGACGGAUUUGGCUCGGAGGGUUCGUUCGGAACCACCCUGUCCGGAUUCGGAAGCUCCACCGUCAACUCGGUCGACUACUAAGGCAACCAAAAACCCAAAACACAAAAAAGGCCAAACGAUUCUCGGCUCAACGGACUACGAAAGGUGACGACGACGCAGCUCUUCUUCAAGGACGAAUAGAGUAGGUUUAUUUUUCUUUAGGAAACACAACUAAGCUAAAGUUAGAGAGAGAGAGAGAAACAAAAAUCAUGUUCCAAAUAUAUGUACGACGACUGCCAUUUUUUAUUGAACGAAACAAAAAUGCGUGUGUAAAAAAAAAGCGAGAAGCCAACUUUGUACCAUAACUGUAAGGAGUUUGUGAGAUAGAUGAGAAUACUGUGAAAUUGAGAAUAAUAUACGUUUAAAAUUUA